UGGCCAGCUUCCCUGGAUUUCCAUGCUGAAUCAGGCUCGUUUUAACUAAAGAUGGAAACACUGGAGUCGGAAUUGACCUGCCCAAUCUGCCUGGAGUUGUUUGAAGACCCUCUCUUGCUGCCGUGUGCUCACAGCCUCUGCUUCAGUUGUGCCCAUCGCAUCCUGGUGUCCAGCUGCUCCUCCAGCGAGUCCAUUGAACCCAUUGCCGCUUUCCAGUGCCCCACGUGCCGCUAUGUCAUCUCCCUCAACCACCGCGGCCUGGAGGGCCUCAAGCGAAACGUGACCCUGCAGAACAUCAUUGACCGCUUCCAGAAAGCGUCCCUGAGCGGCCCCAACUCCCCCAACGAGAGCCGACGGGAGCGACCGUACCGCCAGAGCCCUACCAUGGCCGGGGAACGGAUCGCCUGCCAGCUCUGCGAGCAGGACCCGCCGCGGGAUCCUGUGCCCGACGCGCACUUCCGCGGACUCACUUGCCUGGAGCACGAGAACGAGAAAGUGAACAUGUACUGUGUGGCGGACGACCAACUCAUUUGUGCCUUAUGCAAACUGGUGGGCCGCCACCGGGACCACCAAGUGGCAUCGCUCAGCGACCGGUUUGAAAAGCUCAAGCAAACCCUGGAGACGAAUCUCACCAACCUGGUUAAACGUAACAGCGAGCUGGAAAAUCAGAUGGCCAAGCUGAUACAGAUCUGCCAGCAAGUGGAGGUGAAUACAGCCAUGCACGAGGCCAAGCUGAUGGAGGAGUGCGAUGAGCUCAUGGAGAUCAUCCGUCAGCGCAAGCAAGUCAUCGCUGUCAAGAUCAAAGAGACAAAGGUGAUGAAGCUGAGGAAGUUGGCCCAGCAAGUUGCCAACUGCCGGCAGUGUCUGGAGCGCUCCACAGUCCUCAUAAAUCAGGCCGAGCAUAUCCUGAAGGAGAAUGACCAUGCGCGAUUCCUGCAGACGGCCAGGAAUGUGGCUGAGAGGGUCGCCAUGGCAACUGCAUCCUCGCAAGUUCUGAUACCCGAUAUCAAUUUUAAUGAUGCCUUUGAAAACUUUGCGUUAGAUUUUUCCAGAGAGAAGAAGCUGCUGGAGGGGCUGGAUUACCUAACGGCACCUAACCCUCCGUCCGUGCGCGAAGAGCUUUGCACCGCCUCCCAUGAUACAAUUACGGUUCACUGGAUAUCGGAGGAUGAGUUCAGUGUCAGCUCCUAUGAGCUCCAGUACACCAUCUUCACUGGCCAAGCCAACUUCAUCAGUCUCUACAACUCCAUGGACAGCUGGAUGAUCGUUCCCAACAUCAAACAGAACCACUACACAGUCCACGGGCUCCAGAGCGGCACCCGCUACAUCUUCCUCGUAAAGGCCAUCAACCAAGCCGGCAGCCGGAACAGCGAGCCCGCCAGGCUCAAGACCAACA